UUCCUCUUCUGAGGAUGGUCCCCCCUCUCUCUUCACACAAGGGCUUCCUGUUUCAUCUUCCUCUUUGCCCUCAGCCUCACACAUCUGGCCAGAGGGAGCCAUGGUGUUCAGGGAGUGACACAGCGUCCCAGCAGAACCUGGCUCUCUCCUGUCUCAUAAAUGCUGCAGCUGCUACUGCUGCUGCUGCCCCUGCUGUGGGAGGGGUCCCUGUCCCAGAUACUGGAGCUGCAGCCCUCGGUGACGGUGCAGGCAGGGAUGUGUGCCCAUGUCCCCUGCACCUUCCAUCGCUCAGGAGGAUUAUUCUCUUACCACUACGGAGUUCAUGGCUACUGGUUCAGAGAAGGGACUCAUGUUUUAUAUGGCAGACCCGUGGCUACCAAUGACCCAUCUCGGGAGGUGGAGGAUGAAGCUGAGGGGAGAUUCCAUCUCCUUGGGGAUCCCAGGAUGAACAAUUGUUCUCUAAGCAUCACAGAUGCCCGGUUCUCAGACACAGGGAAAUACUUCUUCCGAUUUCACUCUGGAUAUGAUAAAUACAGUUACCUCAAGAAUCUACUCUAUGUGAAUGUGACAGACUUGAUCCAGAAACCAGACAUCUCUAUGCCAGAGAUGCUAGAGUCGGGGAACCUAGUGACUGUGAACUGCACAUUUCCUUGGGCCUGUGGGGAAAACAGGCCCUUCAAAUUCUCCUGGAGUGGUGCCGCCCUCUCCUCCAAGACACAAAGCUCUUGGGCAUCCCACUCCUCAGAGGCCUCUUCAUCCUGAACCCAGCAUCAUGGCACCAACCUCACCUGUCAGGUGACCCUUCCUGGAGGCCGUCUGAGCACAGAGAGAACCGUCCAACUCAACGUGUCCUAUGCUGUGCAGAAUGUGACCAUCACCGUGGCCCAGGACAACAGGACAACAGUUUUCAUCCCAGGAAACAGCUCAGAUCUUGUGGUGCAGGAGGGACAGUCCCUUCGCCUGCUCUGUGCUGCCAACAGCAAUCCCCCAGCCACACUGAGCUGGCUCCUGGGGGACCAAACCCUGGCCUCUUCCCAGCCUUCACAGAAUGGAGUCCUGCACCUGGAUCUGCCCCACCUAGGGCCAGCAGAUGGAGGGAAUUACACCUGCCUUGCUCAGCAUCCUCUGGGCUCCAAGCAGGCCUCCCUAAAUGUCUCUGUGCAGUACCUCCCAAGGAUGCUCAGCCCUUCUUGCUCCUGGGUCAAGGAGGGCUUGUUCUGUACCUGUUCUGUCCAAGCAGAGCCAGCCCCCUCUUUGAGCUGGUGGGUAGGGGGGAAGCCUGUGGAGGGCAGUGGUAGGAGUGACACCUUCCAGGUGAUAUCAAACAGAUCUGGGCCCUGGGCCAACAGCAGCCUGAGUGUGAAGGUGGAGCCAGGCCAUAACAUCAGUCCCUACUGUGAGGUGAGGAUCCACCACAGGGAGGACAGUCUCAGUGUCUGCUUGAUGCCAGCCUUCUCUGCCCAGGAGAACAGCUCUUGGCCCCUCAUGCUCACACUGCUCCGGGGAGCCCUCAUGGGGGCCGGCUUUCUGCUCACCUAUGGCCUCACCUGGCUCUAUUACACCCGUGAUGUCCUUGUUUUCAACAACACCAAGCACCCUUCAAAACCAGACCCUUCUGGCAAGUAUACCCCAGACUUGCAUCCCCGUGGACAUCAAAAGGAGGACUAUGGGCUGUCUUGGAACCCAAAUCUCAGUGGCCACUUCUUUAGUGCAUCAGAUGACCAUAAUAUCUGCUCGUGGGACAUCAGUGCAGUUCCAAAGGAAGAUAAAGCAGUGGAUGCAAAGACCAUAUUCAUAGGUCACACAGCAGUAGUCAAAGAUGUUUCUUGGCACCUGCUCUAUGAAUCUCUCUUUGGAUCAGGUUCUGAUGAUCAGAAGCUUAUGAUCUGGGACAAAUGGGCGAGCAGUACUUCCAAACCGGGCCACUCAGUGGAUGCCCACACUGCCAAAGUAAAUUGUCUGUCUUUCAGUCCUUAUAGUGAGCUCAUUCUUGCCACAGGAUCAGCUGACAAGAGAAUUGCACUGUGGAAUCUUAGACAUCUGAAACUGAAGCUGAAUUCCUUUGAGUCCUAUAAGGAUGAAAUGUUCCAGCUGCUACUGCUGCUGCUGCCCCUGCUGUGGGAGGGGUCCCUGUCCCAGAUACUGGAGCUGCAGCCCUCGGUGACGGUGCAGGCAGGGAUGUGUGCCCAUGUCCCUGCACCUUCCAUCGCUCAGGAGGAUUAUUCUCUUACCACUACGGAGUUCAUGGAUGAACAAUUGUUCUCUAAGCAUCACAGAUGCCCGUUCUCAGACACAGGGAAAUACUUCUUCCGAUUUCACUCUGGAUAUGAUAAAUACAGUUACCUCAAGAAUCUACUCUAUGUGAAUGUGACAGACUUGAUCCAGAAACCAGACAUCUCUAUGCCAGAGAUGCUAGAGUCGGGGAACCUAGUGACUGUGAACUGCACAUUUCCUUGGGCCUGUGGGGAAAACAGGCCCUUCAAAUUCUCCUGGAGUGGUGCCGCCCUCUCCUCCAAGACACAAAGCUCUUGGGCAUCCCACUCCUCAGAGGCCUCCUUCAUCCCUGAACCCCAGCAUCAUGGCACCAACCUCACCUGUCAGGUGACCCUUCCUGGAGGCCGUCUGAGCACAGAGAGAACCGUCCAACUCAACGUGUCCUAUGCUGUGCAGAAUGUGACCAUCACCGUGGCCCAGGACAACAGGACAACAGUUUUCAUCCCAGGAAACAGCUCAGAUCUUGUGGUGCAGGAGGGACAGUCCCUUCGCCUGCUCUGUGCUGCCAACAGCAAUCCCCCAGCCACACUGAGCUGGCUCCUGGGGGACCAAACCCUGGCCUCUUCCCAGCCUUCACAGAAUGGAGUCCUGCACCUGGAUCUGCCCCACCUAGGGCCAGCAGAUGGAGGGAAUUACACCUGCCUUGCUCAGCAUCCUCUGGGCUCCAAGCAGGCCUCCCUAAAUGUCUCUGUGCAGUACCCCCCAAGGAUACUCAGCCCUUCUUGCUCCUGUCAGGAAGGCUUGUUCUGUACCUGUUCUGUCCAAGCAGAGCCAGCCCCCUCUUUGAGCUGGUGGGUAGGGGGGAAGCCUGUGGAGGGCAGUGGUAGCAGUGAUACCUUCCAGGUGAUAUCAAACAGAUCUGGGCCCUGGGACAACAGCAGCCUGAGUGUGAAGGUGGACAGGGUCCCCAGCAUCAAUAUCAGCUGUGAGGGGAAGAACCCACAGGGGACCCACACCUUCCUGUUCCAGCUGAUGCCAGAUGGGUCCUCUCCUUCUCAUGUAUUCCAAAAUGGUGUGAUCCUGGGUGCCCUCUGCGGAGCUGGUACAGCAAGUCUGCUAGCCCUCUGCUUCCUCCUUCUGGUAAAGAUGCUCAGGAAGAAGUCAGUGGCAGCAGCAGCAGCAGCAGCAUCCAGGGGGGCAGCACAGGAUCCCAAGACGCCGUCCUGGGUGGACCAGUCCCUGCAUCCCAUUUCACCAGGUCCAGACACAGCUCCAGCUCCAGUAGCCCCAGAGGAUAGACCAGAUGACUUACAUUAUGCCUGCCUCAACUUCCAAGGAGUGAAACCAAGAGAAGACUGUGGACCCACUGACGCCCUCACCGAGUACUCAGAGAUUAAGUUCCAAUGAGCAACUGUUGAGGCCUCAGCCUGGGUUCUACACUGGACGGUCUGCAAGGCAGUUCCACCCCUCCAUAACAUGAAUUAAAAACCUGCUGCUGAGAGAUGUGGAUAAGAUACAUUCCUCAUAUUCAUGGAACUUUCAGUCUAGUAAAGAGAGAAAGCAUAUUUUCACAUUA